AUGACCGCAAAUUCUGCAGCAGAAACUUUGCGCGAGCGCUGGAAGAACCUCCCUGUCGAACCGGGCUACUUCGAUGACUGCAUUCUUCACCCGAUCAACUAUAUUGCACAAGAGAAUUACGAGCGCAAAUUAUACUGUUUUGAGUGCGAAGAAAUUGUUUUCAACGAUGGGAAAGGAGAGGAGAUCUGGAAAACAAGCGGAAGCGGCUUCAUGGAUGCGCUUCCGAAGCAAGUGUCUGUUAUGAUCAAGAAAGGGAAACAUCGGUUGUCAUAA